AUGGAUGAUUACGAGAAGGAUCCAGGAUGGCAGUACCUGCGUCUGUCCAAGGAACAGAUGGAAAAGGAGCACAAUGCACCUUAUGAUUCCAAAAAGAAUGUAUGGGUACCCGAUCCCGAGGAGGGCUACGUU